CACAUCCCCUUCUCUUCUUCUCACAGCUGAACAGUCCGAGUCCUCGUUGACUAAAUCUACCCCCCACAUUCCUCUUCAAACCCCCUCCCCAAAAUUUCAUAUCUCCAAUUCAUUCCAAAUUCCCAAUUAUUCUUAUCGAUUCCGAUCGGAUUUUGGUUUCGAUUUCGAUUUGAAAAACUCAAAGCUCGCAAAAUCAUGAACGAUUUGUUCUCCGGCUCCUUCUCGCGGUUCCGGAGCGAGGAGCAGUCGCCGCGGCGCGAUGAUCACGUAAUCGAGAUGGGGUCGACGGCGGCGGCGGGGUCGGGCGCCGCGGGAGUCAACCUCGAUAAGUUCUUCGCCGACGUCGAGUCCGUCAAGGACGAGCUCAAGGAGCUCGAGCGCGUGUACUUCAGCCUCCAGUCCUCCCACGAGCAGAGCAAGACGCUCCACAACGCCUCCGCCGUCAAGGACCUCCGAUCCCGCAUGGACGCUGACGUCACUCUCGCCCUGAAGAAGGCCAAGGUGCUGAAGGUCCGCCUCGAGGCGCUAGACCGAUCCAACGCCGCGAACCGGAGCCUGCCGAACUGCGGGCCGGGGUCGUCGUCGGACCGGACGCGGAUCUCCGUCGUCAACGGCCUGCGCAAGAAGCUCAAGGACUCCAUGGACAGCUUCAACGCUCUGCGGCAAAAGAUCUCGUCCGAGUACCGCGAGACCGUACAGCGGAGGUACUACACCGUCUCCGGCGAAAAUCCCGACGAGAAAACGUUAGACCUUCUCAUCUCCACCGGAGAGAGCGAAACGUUUCUGCAGAAGGCAAUACAGGAGCAAGGGAGGGGCCAAGUCCUUGACACGAUUCAAGAGAUCCAGGAGCGACACGACGCCGUAAAGGACAUGGAAAGGAACCUGCAGGAGCUGCACCAGGUGUUCCUGGACAUGGCCGUGCUGGUGCAGGCGCAGGGGGAGCAGAUUGACGACAUCGAAAACCACGUUAUGAGAGCCAACUCGUUCGUCAACAGUGGCACCCAGCAGCUCACCAAGGCCAGGGCCUCCCAGAAGAACACCCGCAAGUGGACUUGCUUCGCCAUUAUUCUGCUGCUGGUUAUUAUUCUGAUCGUGAUCCUCAGCUUGAAGCCCUGGAAUUGGGGUGGCGGUAGCAAUAAUAGCAAUAAUCCGACGCCCGCCGCGCCAUCGCCGCCGCAGUAGGAGAGGAGAGAGUAAAGAGUAUUGUGAUUUGUUCAUAUUCCACAUUCCUAUUGUUUGUGUUAAUUUUUGUGACAUUUAUUUAUUUUUUAUAGUAGGGGUUUCUUCAUUUUA